AUGUCCGCGCUUCGCUUCAUUGUCGUGGCGACCCUUAUGGGAUUGUGUCUGGCAGACACAAAGAAGAGAUACGAUGGAUACAAAGUUAUUCGUGUCACACCGUCCAGUGUGGCUCAGAUGCAAUCAGUCAGGAGCUUACAAGACUCUAUUCAAGGAGAGAUUGAGUUUUGGACUGAUCCUGCCCAUGCUGAUCGUCCCGUUGAUAUAAUGGUUGGUCCUGCAGAGUUAGACAACGUCUGCAAUACUUUGCAAGAUCUUGGCCUAUCAUUCUCUACCCUGAUUGAAGAUGUACAGCAACGCGCAGACUCAAUAACUGUUGACCAAUCUGGAGGCGUCUUCUCGCUAGCCAGUUUUAAUUAUGAUACGUUUCAUAGUUACGCCGAUAUUAAUUCAUGGGUUAGUAGUAUGGCGGCUAGUCACAGUGCGAUUGUGCGAGAAGACAAACUGGCUGAUAAGUCGUAUGAAGGGAGAGACAUAAAACUACUGAAGAUCGGGAAGCCUGGAGUUAAUAAGAAGAUCAUCUUUUGGCAAAGUGGAACUCACUCUCGUGAAUGGCUGUCUCCAGCUACACAGUUGAAAAUUGUUUCUUGGCUCGUGAGAGAGUACGAGAUUGGUCAAGCCGACAUCGUCCAACUGCUGGAUAAGGUUGAUAUCUACGCCAUGCCUUUGUUUAACCCUGACGGUUAUUUUCACUCACACGAGUUUGACCGUAUGUGGAGAAAAACGCGUAGUGUGAAUAAGAACAGCAAUUGUAGAGGAGUUGACCCGAACCGAAACUUCAAUGCUGGAUGGGACGUUGAUGGGGGAGCGAGCACUAACCCGUGUGCACAAGACUACCGUGGUCCCUCUGUACAGUCUGAGAUCGAGGUUCGAUCUUUAACUAACUACAUCAGCGCUCUCACUAACGUACAAGUCUACAUUGACAUGCAUUGUUACAGUCAGUUAUGGAUGUUUCCUUUUGGCUACAAGUACGAUUAUGCGGGAAACUACUGGGAUCAGUUUAACCUUGCCACCGACGCCAUGAAAGCUUUGUACGCAAAACACUACAAGACUUUUGAUGUAGGACCCAUUGCACAUGUUAUAUACAAAGCAUCUGGUUCUAGUGUUGAUUGGGCGCACGAAAUGGCUGGCAUUCCCUAUGCUUACGCACCAGAGCUCCGUGAUAAAGGGGUCUAUGGUUUUAUUGCACCACCAUCUGAGAUUAACCCAAGUGCCCAGGAGGUCUAUGAAGCCAUUAAGGUUAUUGGCAACAAAUUCGUUUAAAUACAUCCGACAGUCGUCUGGUUGUUGUUAAAUUAAAUUUGUAAUUGAAUAAUUAGUUUUCUUAAUGGCAACGACGGUUUUAAGCAUUAUGGAGUUCUACUGCAUGGCAUUUUCGGGGUGUGGUGGACCCUGUAUAAUGAUAUGGGAGUACACUGUUUAGUUUUUGCGUCCAUGGACAAGUUAACCAAAACCUACUUGGUACGUGUUCACCAUAACUCAAAUAAUGGCUGGUGGAGAUUGGGAGAUAGGGAGUGGCUAUGGACGUGUUGA